UACAACGUAGUUAGUAGAGGGGGACAGAUGGUAAUAGAAAUCUUUUACGACAAUAUCUCGUAGACAUAAUGAGUUUUGCCUUUUUUAGAGGUGAAGACAUAUUUCCCAGAGGUCAGCUUAAAGUUGCUCCGUAUCUACGUAAUUAUGCGAAGCCAUCGGUUCGUCGUGAAGAAGAUUCUACCACAGAAUACCAUGAUUUAAAUACUGGUUUGGACGGUACCAUCCAGGGGCGUUCAUUUGGAAAAUCUGACAACCUUACUUUGGUCAGUAACCCAGACAACAUAAAACCUUCUAUAGAGUCAGGGGAUGCGAACUUAAGAACACACGAAAAUCUACAAAAGGCAGUCACAUUUGAAAAGACAGAUAUGACUAGAGGCCAUUUAAAUGACUUGCGCCGUUCAAUACAAAAUCGAUUAACGGGCCCUAGUUUUGAAACUUUUGAGCCGCAUCCCUUGGCUGGAAUGCAGUGUACAGGACAACGAAUGAGUUUGGCCGAAUCUCAACAAAAUCUACCGAAACGAGGUAGUGUGUCUUCCGCAGGAGAUGAAACAAAAAAAGCCGCAGACGUUUUUAAGACCGAACAACUGGUUAGCAACGGAGUCAACCAAAUAACUUCACACUCUGUCUCUUUGAAUAAGCUCUAUUCCAGUCUAAAGAGAAUGAAAUGCCGAAGAAACGAGGUGGGGCAAUACGAAGAUCUUGCAACGAUUUCCAUGAACGGUCGUGAAUUUGGUCUUAAUAAAAGUUAUUUCAAAAGAGUCCUCGCCUCAAGCAACGCGAAUACCACGCACACACGCGGUGACCAAGAAGAAAUAUUUUUGCUUCUAGGUGGAAAAUCAAAGCCCGUACGCUUUGAAAAUAGUCCGGAGGGACUCAAUUUGUUGGAAAGGCAGUGGCGCAUUGAACUGAAGUCUAGAGACUCUAUAUUUUAUAAUUCAGACGAGGAAGGACUGCAACUUUUGCAGAAGUUUAGAGCUCGAUUCACAACCAAUCUAAGAACAAAUUUGCCGGAAAGAAGGACACCAAUGUUACCAAUACCAUGGGCUCGACACGUGGUUCAUAAAGGACGAAGUCUGAGCCCAGAGGAAAAAGAGCAGCUAAAAGAAGACGAAAGCGGUCGAAAGCUUUCAAUUCACGUUUAUCUGCCUAAUGCAGGUUGGGAUGAACAAGGGAGAAACUCAACACCAACUACUCCAAUGUCUAAUUCCCUUCCAGAUAAUGGGUCGCCACUCAACUUGUACCAAACUAAACAUCAAAAAAACAGCCCGAAGAAGGGAAAAAAUUGAAUACAGCGCAUUACUUCAUUGCUUCUUCCCAGAGGAAGUCUUUGCGUUUAAUUUGAUUGGCUAUUUUACAAGCGAAUUCUCAUCAGGUUCCAGUACGGCCGGGUUCACUUUGCGCUAAUUGUUUGCAACAUGUAAAUUUUGUUAACACAUCCUGUUUGCAUUGGGACUCAAAGUGCUGACACAAACACAACAAAAGAAUGAUUUUCAAAUUCUUUUGUCGGAAGGAAAGGUAGAUGUAUGGUGUAAAUUAAUCUCAAAUGAAAUCAAAAUCAA